GACUACCUGAGUGACACGGGGAGGGUAUUUGGAUACACCGCUCGUCUGGAUGUAACGACAAGGACGUUUACAAUAAUCACGUAUAUGUGUAUUCGUAAAUAAAAAUAAGAUUCAAAUAUAAUAUCCGAUAUUUGCAUAUAGAAAUGGCAAGUGUAGGACUGGCCGUUGGAGCUCCGAAUACAGAAGAAAGGGCUGUUUUCACGCAGCUUAAACCCGUGCGGAUGUGUAGCGCGGAUGGGCCGGAGGACUCUUCUGUGUUUGAGCACGUCAAACCCGCGGUGAGACUAGCAACAAACUCUGUCGAAAUGGCUCAGACACGGAUGGAGAUGGAUAAAUAUUUGCCCCAAAUCACCCCACUGGUUUCCCCAAACAUUACGGAUAAGAAGUUCCGUCGGGAAAGCGCCUCAGUGGUGGAUGAGUAUUUUGCAGAUGAGAAGCCAGCCCCUUACAGUCUCAACAUCAACGUUAUCCUACCCAAUACCACACACCUUCGCACGGGCCUUUAUCGUCCAAACAAACCUCAGGUGCAUCAAAUCAAAAUUGAGCCAGGGGUGGAUGAACCCUGUAGCAUUCAGACUCUCCCCGAAUUCACCUCUGUCUUCAGCGUGCCCCAGACGGUCAACAGCCUCUUUAUCAAACCUGACAUAAACGUCACAGACGAGCUCCACAUCGGCCCUCAGCAGCCGGCGGUCUACCAGAUGCCCGUCAGCAGUAGCGACCUUACCACAAUGACCUUCUCCCAGAGUCAAUCGAUGAAUGGAAUCGGUGCAUCUGGCAGGACCAUGCUCAACCUGAACACAGUGGCCUUGACGACGCAAUCUGGCGAAUUUGUCAUGCCCGAGCCAUUCUACACUUCACCCCAGCCGCACAGUUUGCCUCCGUCGCCCCCCAACUCCCAGCCUGGCAGUCCCGAGAACCAGGCAGAGCUCAUUUCCUCUGUUCACCCUCCCCCGCCGUACCAGGCUAGAAUUGGAAUGAAGGUUGGUCAGAUGACCCCUCACUCCAUGCUAAUGGCCCACGGUCAGGGCAUCCUCACGGGACCCAGAUACAACCGGCGGAGCAACCCUGAGCUGGAGAAGAGAAGGAUUCAUCAUUGUGACUUCCCAGGAUGCGCCAAAGUUUACACAAAGAGCUCUCACUUGAAAGCACACCAAAGGACUCACACAGGUGAGAAGCCAUACCGGUGCAGUUGGGAAGGAUGUGAUUGGCGUUUUGCCCGCUCGGACGAACUGACACGGCAUUACCGCAAACACACCGGCGCAAAACCCUUCAAAUGUGUCGCCUGCAGUCGCUGCUUCUCUCGUUCGGACCACCUGGCACUGCACAUGAAGCGCCAUCAAAACUAACCAACUUCACAUCCUUACUUUUUCAACUUUUAUAACAGUUUUAUUGUUCUAAAUAUUUCACAGCCAGUUAUGUACGAAGAUCAAACCAAUGAAAGCUCUGCCGUACCAGCACUCCAAACGUUUUUACUGUCAUGAAGAGGACUGGACAUCACAACAGCAUCACAACACAGAGCUACAGCAGAAUGUAAACUGUAUACUGUACAUAAGUUUUGUAUGUGUGUAUGUCUGUAGAUUAAUGUGAAAAUAUGUUAUGAGUUUUAUACUUGACUUUCAUCCACUUUGUCUGACUAAAUUUGAAAAUGUCCCUUUGGGACCAUCUUCCUAAUAACUUGAAAUGUAAAGUUUGAUUUAUUAAUUCCAAGGUAAUAGUUAAUUGUUAAUUUUAGAUGACAAUAACAAUAUUUAUAUGGAAUUUCCCCCUCACAAAGAGCUGUUUGCAUUUGGGUAAAAUGUUAUGAUAAAAAAAAAGUAGUAAGUCUAAUGUUUGCUGUUCUCACAGUUGUGUAUCCAUGGAUACAGAUCUUUAUGAGAGUGUUUAAAAAAAGCACUCAGAUCAGUCAUAUGUUUGACAUUUCGGCUCUUUGAAUGCCAGAGAAAAGGCUGAUGAAUGAGACAAAUGCGCUCACAAAAGCAUUUGAGCAUGUGUGCCAAAUUUCCAGAAAAAUAUUAGCUAUUCACAUGUAUUUGACAAGAGAGUUGAUUGUUUUAUGCGAACCAAAAUGCAGCAGUGUCAUCUAAAACUUAAAAUAAAUGAAGAAAGUGCAUCAAUCCCUCACUUUUCCCAAGAACAAAUUAUUCAUAUUAGUUGUGGACAUUGUAGCAUUUGCCUUUUGUAAUACCCUUGAGACCUGUCUUGGGCUCUAUGCAUCAUAGUGACCGCAGUUUAUAAAUGCUUAAAAGUUCUCAAGUUCCCUUUAUUUGUGUACAUGUCCUACACUUAUGAGGGGAACUCUGGUGGAUCAAAAAAUAAUGUACAUACUGUAGUUAAAGUUAAACUUCUUGUAAAUACUUUACUCUGAAGAUAAUUGUUUUUAUUAUGAACAAAUGGGAAUUUUUUUUUUUUUUUUUUUUUUUUUUUUUUUUUGAAUGUGGGUGAAUUGAGUUUGUAGAUCUUGCAUACCAAGUGAUCAGUUUAGCAUUUUGUAUGUACUUGUUUGAAUACAGAAUUUUGGAAAAUAAAAGAAUAAUUACA